AGUCAAAUAGCUGUUGGCUUUAAAAUGCCUCAAUGUUACCUAUCGGGUAAAUAUUAACUAUCUAUUCUAAUAGUGUUUUUUAAUAAUAUAUUCUCAGGACGAAAAACUGAAAAGUUUAACAUAAUAGAAUAAUAUGGAAAAUAGUUUACUGGAAGCUAUCAAGUCUGGCAAUAUGGGAUGCCACUCUGAAUUGACCAUUAUACCUAUAUCACAAAGUUCAAAAUCCAACAAUCAAUAUGCAGUUUCUUCUACUUCCCCGCAAAGUACUGUGUCAUUAUCCUUGGUACCAAAUACAAGUGCUGUUAAAUCAAAAAAUAAACAUGCAUUACCAUCAAAUGCUCAAGGUGGUGCACCACGUAAACGUGGAAAGUCUAGUAUGCCUCCUUUAAACCAUAUGACUUAUGAUAUGAACAAUUACAAUCCACUUUUAGAUCUGACAAUGAAUCGUAAACAUUAUCCUAGUUAUAAUGCUCAACCUGAACAACAAUGGCCAUUUAAUUUGCCAUUUAAUUACCCUGAAUUGUUAAUGAAUUUUGGUCAGGUAAAUAAAAGAAAGUCAUAUGCUUAUGAACAAAUCAAAGAAAAGACUGUAGUAAAUUACAACAAAGAAAAUGCCCAAAACAAAAAUAAACAUUAUAAACAUGAUCAUAUGCCUCCACCUUGUACCACUACAGACCGGAUUUCAGGACAACUAGAAAAUGUGGAAAAAACAUUUGAUAUUGAUUCUCUAAGCAGCGAAGAUGGUUGGGCUAAAUAUAGAGAAUUGUUAAUGGUUAUUGAAGAAAUGUCUGGUUCAAUUAGACCAAUUUAUACGGGUUGCAAAAAUUCUACUGAGAGGUUGAAAAAAUCAAUACAUAAAGCUAAAGCUUUGGUAAGUGAGUGUUUAAAAGAAGUAGAAAAAGUAUCUAGACAGCUUUAAGUAUCACAUAUUUAAUAAACAAAGAACAUAAAUAAUCAGUUAUUUAAAAAUAUUGGCAUUUGAAGACUGUCAUAAUUAAACUAAUAAUUUUCAAUCACAAAUAGAUCAAAGCAUUUUUAAUACAAAUAUCAUUUAUUUUUAAUGACACGAUUACUGGCUAAAUUAGUAAGGAUUUUAAUUAAACAUCUCCCUUAAUUGUAAACAAUUUGAUUAUGACAAAAAUAUAUAAAUUAUUAUUUUUUAAUAUAAGUACAUUUUCAAUUAACUUUGGCACACAAUUAUUUUAGUUGUAAUACUUGCUGAACUUGCAUAGAUUAUAAAAUAUUUGAUUUUAACUGUAAAUAUAUAUAUAUAUAUAUAUCAAUUUAAUGACUGAAUGUUAUAAAAAGGGUAGUAUAUUUCAUAAACAAUUUGUUUUUAACAUAAUAAUGGUAACAAAGUGAUAUUGGUAUUUUCUGGGACCUUUAACACUUUGAAUUGCAUUUUAAUUCUAUCAGGGUAUCUGUUCAAUUUUCAUAAUAUUUAUUGUUAGAUUUAUCGAUGCGUGAGAAUCAAAUGUUAUAC